CGUGAUCGUGACGCGUCUUGAGCACGAUCGCGACAGUUUCAGACAACGCGUCUGAGGAAACGCAUAUACUCGGUACUUUGCUCUCGACCUCAAGCAUACUCCUUUCUCUUCGCACUUCUUUGGUCCGCUCACGCCACAAUGCCUCGUACCAGCAAUGCUAAGGCGUUACUCGAGUCUCAGAGUAGCGAUGAUUCUGGCAUUAUGGCGGUUGUUGCAAAGCAAAUGCAGUCGUCAUGGGAGAAGAAACGGAAAGAGAAGGAAACAAAGUACUUCGCCGAAGCUCAGGCUGUACUGUAUCAAUACAUUGAAUCGCACCGGGAAGAAUAUUUGGAGGCCAUCGCUGAAAUGACCACUGUCUACGAGAAGUUCGUCCAAGACUACGCCGGCGUCGAAGUCGAGAUCCGCAAAUUGCUCCUGCAGUUCUCGCGGGAGCAACAGAAGAUGCUAAAUCUGGCGGAAAACAAGUCCAAGCAGAUGGUCGAGAGCGAGAAAGUCCGAGAACGUGGGCAGGUGCAAGGGAUGGCUACAGCCAAGAAGGCUAUGGAAGAUUUCAAUCGGUUUGCGAGCAUGCUGAAUCAACAUGAGUGAGACGCGGUAUGCUUCCAUGGAGGAUCGUUUGAGUCGAGGGGGUUAUGAUAGUAAGACGUCAGCCUGAGUACUCAGGCUCUCGAUCAUAACUGAUGUUAAUGUGUCAGUCAGCAAUAUCCG